CCACCACACCAAGGGAUCACAGGUCCUUUGACCAAUGUCACACGGUCACCUAUCAACUCAUUUUCCCGUCAAUCGGAACCUCCGUCUCCGACGAAACCAUGGCGGCGGCGAAUAUCCUCCGCACUCCUCUCUCCUCAAAAGCCAAGCUCAUUCCCAACUUCCACUACUCUAAAAUCAGGUCUUUCCAGUUCAAUCCUGUUAAUCUCAACCGAAGCCGCAGCGAUCCCCAUUCGAUCAGUAAUGGCGCCUUCACCAAGCCAAUCGAUUUCGACCUUCCGAAGGAGGUCCAGAAGCAGGCCGAACCGGAGGAUUCGACGGUGCUUUUGGAUGUGACGGGGAUGAUGUGCGGAGCGUGCGUCUCACAAGUCAAAUCAAUCAUUUCAGCCGACGACGGAGUCGAGUCAGCCGUGGUCAACUUGCUAACUGCGACGGCGGCGGUGAAAUUGAAACCGGAUUCUGUGGCGGAGGCGUGCGCUGCUGAGGAUCUGGCUAAGAGGCUGACGGAAUGUGGCUUCCCUUCGAAGAGGAGAGCGUCCGGGCUCGGGAUCAAGGACAAGGUGAAGAAUUGGAAGGAGAUGGUGGCGAAGAAGGAAGCUUUGCUUGCCGAGAGUCGAAACCGAGUGGCUUUUGCCUGGACGCUGGUGGCUCUUUGUUGUGGAGCUCACGGGUCCCAUAUUCUGCACUCUCUGGGCUUCCAUGUCGGCCAUGGGCCCUUCAUGGAACUGCUGCAUAAUUCCUACUUGAAAGGUGGAUUGGCUUUAGGAGCUCUAUUAGGGCCUGGAAGAGACAUACUUUCUGAUGGGGUACGAGCCUUCAUGAAGGGAUCACCAAAUAUGAACUCUCUUGUUGGUUUUGGAUCACUUGCUGCAUUCAGCAUAAGUGCUGUCUCACUCCUUAAUCCUGAUCUUCAGUGGGAUGCAUCAUUUUUUGAUGAACCGGUGAUGCUUCUUGGCUUUGUGCUGUUGGGGCGUUCUCUGGAGGAAAGAGCGAGACUCAAAGCAUCUAGUGACAUGAAUGAGUUACUGUCACUUAUAUCCACUCAAUCCAGACUUGUGGUUACUCCCAGCGGAAGUGGUUCCUCAAGUGAAGUGGUCAGCUCUGAUGCAAUAUACAUUGAAGUACCAACUGAUGAUAUUCGUGUUGGGGACUCAUUAUUAGUUUUGCCUGGAGAAACAAUACCUGUAGAUGGUAACGUCGUUGCAGGUAGGAGUGUUGUGGAUGAAUCUAUGCUUACUGGGGAAUCCCUUCCCGUGUUCAAAGAGAAAGAGUUGUCUGUAUCAGCUGGAACAAUAAAUUGGGAUAGUCCAAUAAAAAUUGAGGCCACCUCCACUGGUUCAAACUCAACUAUAUCCAAGAUUGUUAAUAUGGUUGAGGAUGCUCAAGGCCGCGAAGCACCAAUACAGAGGCUUGCAGAUUCAAUUGCUGGACCAUUUGUGUACAGUAUAAUGACAUUAUCAGCAACAACCUUUGCUUUCUGGUACUAUCUCGGUUCAAAAAUCUUCCCAGAUGUUUUGCUGAAUGAUAUUGCUGGACCAAAUGGAGACCCUCUGCUUCUUAGCUUAAAGCUUGCUGUUGAUGUCCUGGUUGUCUCAUGCCCUUGUGCAUUAGGUCUUGCAACACCCACUGCAAUUUUAGUUGGCACUUCACUAGGAGCAAAAAAAGGACUUCUUAUAAGAGGAGGAGAUGUGCUGGAAAGAUUGGCAGGUGUUGACUAUGUUGCUUUGGACAAGACAGGAACCCUCACCGAAGGAAAACCUGCUGUCUCUGCUAUUGCAUCUUUGGAUGUUGAGCAAUCAGAUAUUCUUCGAAUUGCUGCUGCUGUGGAGAAAACAGCAUCACAUCCUCUUGCCAAAGCUAUUUUAAGCAAGGCAGAAUCAUUGAAGUUGGAUAUCCCUGUUACACUAGGACAAUUAGCAGAAGCAGGUUCAGGAACAAUGGCAGAAGUAGAUGGCCUUUUAGUUGCUGUUGGGAAACUGGAAUGGGUUAGUGAACGCUUCAAUCAAAAAACAAGCAUCUCAGGUUUAAAGAAUCUUGAGCAGUCUCUGAUGCAUCAGUUACUAUUAAGCAGUUCAUCAUCAAGGCAUUCGAUGACAGUUGUAUAUGUCGGUAGGGAGGAUGAAGGCAUUAUAGGUGCUAUUGCAAUAUCUGAUAAUUUACGUGCUGAUGCUGAGUUUACAAUUAAGAGGUAUGUGGGGCCCUGUUAUUUUGGCCUAACUUAAGCCCAAAAGGAUGGUGAAUUCAUGGUUCCAUACGUGUCCAAUGUGGAACUCUUCUUUGACACACCUCAGCCUAGCGCAGGGCUGGACAUCUGAUGG